AUGCGCCUUCCGCAGACCUUGCUCCUCCUCGUCUCAGCUCUAGGCUCAACGGUGUCCGCAGCCUCAUCAUGGACGUUCGCAGAUGGCUCGCUGAGCGUCACCAGUAAAGGCGCAGGCUCGAAAGACGGAGGAGUCAAAGAAAAGCUCGUACCUUCUCAACAGCUCUCGAAUGCCGUGUCGUUGGGCAGCGCCGAUACCCUCAAAAUUACAUUUACCGCACAGGAGGGUAAGACGGCGAAGAGACCGCAUCAGGCGUUUCUCUUGCUGCAAGAUCAAGAGCGCAGACUCGAUGUCUCGUACCCAUUCAGCGUCAAGGAGAGCGGCAAGGCCGUCGUUUCACUGACCCAACGCGACCUCCCUGCGCAGUUCCUCGCCGCGAACACAUCGCUCACCACGUCUAUCAUCCUCGCCUCCUUCGGUGCCUCUACUCCCGGCUACAAUCAAGCUGCCUUCACACUGCACCCUACGGCAUCCGAUCCAAGCACUCCCUUCCCAGCGACAGAGACGCCCCUCCGUUACGGCAAACUCCCUGAGAUCCACCAUAUUUUCCGCUCCGACCCCAAGAGUCCCCCAGUAAUCAUAUCAUUGGUCUUCUUCGGUGGUGUGCUCGCCACGAUACCUUUCCUAGUCGCAGUGUGGCUCUACCUUGGCGCCAACAUUUCUGCGCUUCCCUCGGCCCUCUCCGCCUCACCUGUAAGCCAUACCUUGUUCGUCAGCUCGGUCGCGGGCAUCGAAUUCGUCUUCUUUCUCUACUAUACGAGUUGGAAUCUCUUCCAGACCCUCCCCGCGCUGGGCGCGUUGGGCGUGAUCGCCUUCCUCAGCGGGAGUCGGGCUCUCAGCGAAGUACAGGAGCGAAGGCUAGGCGGGACGAGAUGA